AUGGUUGGCAGGCCAUUCCCCCUCAUUCAGCCCAAGGCCGUGCCUGAGGGAACAUCCGAUUUCGAAGCAAAGCGAACGGCUCUGAUUCGAGCCUUCAACGAAAAGAUUCCCCUCGCGUACUACAUCCCUCAAGAAGUGGUGGACAAUCCGCCCACAGAUGUCUCAGGCAUCCCUAGCACCUGUGGUAUCCUGACUCCCGAAGAGAUCGAAAUCACAGAGAGCUAUGACGCUACAGGUCUCGCUGAAUCGAUUGCCACUCGCAAGUAUACGGCGGUGGCUGUGGCUACGGCGUUCUCUAAACGCGCCAUCAUCUGCCAUCAACUCACCUGCUGCUUGACUCAGUGGUUCAUGGACGAAGCCAUCGAGCAAGCUAAGCAGCUCGACGAGUAUCUGGAAAAGAACGGCAAGACCGUCGGCCCCCUGCAUGGCGUCCCCGUCAGCAUCAAAGAACACGUGCCCGUUGCCGGGACUUUCUCAUCCAUGGGUUGCUUCGGCAGUAUUGUCAAGAAUGACAAGGACAGCCAGAUGGUCGAGAUCCUGCGCAGCCUUGGGGCCGUGUUCUACUGCAAGACUAACCAGCCACAAACUCUGAUGCACCUGGAGAGCGACUCACACUGGGGACGAGUGUUGAAUCCUUUCAACAUCCAUCUUUCCGCGGGCGGCUCAACAGGAGGCGAAGCAGCCCUGAUCGCCAUGAAAGGGUCGGUCAUGGGAGUUGGCACUGACAUCGGUGGAAGCGUUCGGGGGCCGUCGGCAUUCUGUGGCAUCUACGGCUUCAAGCCAACCUCGUACACCUUGCCCAUGAAAGGUUUCCUUGCAAGCGCGUUUCCGGCAGAACUCAACGUCUUGUGCUCAACUGGACCGAUGUGUCGGAGCUUGAGGGACAUGGAUCUGUUCACAAGCGGCAUCCUUUCAGCCAAGCCCUACCUCGUGGAUCCCAGGAUCAUCCCAAUUCCCUGGACGGGCCUGAAGACGUCCGUCAACAAGCGUCUCAAAGUCGGCGUGAUUAGUAACGAUGGUUUUAUCGACCCUCAGCCACCGGUCAAACGGGCAAUUUCCUGGGCAAGAGAACAGCUCUCCGAUCCCAAGUAUGCGGAGAUGGUGGAAGUUAAAGAAUUCAAACCUUACGCUGCCGCCGAAGCCUGGUCCAAGAUCCGGAGAAUGUACUGGCCAGAUGGAGGCAAGGGCACCAAAGACGCCAUCACCGCCACCGGAGAGCCACUUCAUCCUUUGAGCGAGUGGAUCUGGAAAGAUGCAGAACCCCUUGGGAUGCAGACCGCGACCGCCGUGAGCAAUAUGCGCGCUGAAAGAGAUGAAUACCGCUGCGCCUUUGCCGCGAGUUGGGAGGCCCAGGACGUGGAUGUGGUCAUUGGUCCCGCGUUUGUCGGCCCGGCUUCGGCUCACGACACGGCCUACUACUGGACGUACACCUCGCUGUACAACUUCGUCGACUAUCCAGGCGUUGUCAUUCCUACCCCGAUCAAGGCUAAGGCCGGGGAGGAGUAUGCUUCAGAUUAUGUUCCGCUAAGUGAAGCAUGUCAACAUGUCAAGCAGCUCUGGGGAGAAUCGAACUUCGAAGGGGCUCCUAUUGACCUUCAGGUGAAUGCCAGGAAGUAUCAUGACAAUGAAUUGUUUGGUGCACUGGCGGUAUUGAAGGAUGCUUUGUCUUUGCCAUGA